AUGACGACCUUCGAUGCUGAAACAUUCGCUUUCCUCUCCUCCAUCAAGGAGCCCGUCCUCGAAGACGGCGCAACGCGUACGAGGCUCCUCGACAUGAUGAACAAUCUCACAGCUCCCCACCCUUGCGAGAUCAUGCAGUGGCUUCAGAUGGCAGAGUUCCGCGACUUUGCCUCUGACAACUUGCUGGUUCAUUGUGUCCAGACCUGGGCUGGCUACAGAACCCAAACCCACUCGUUGUGGAUCUUUCUGCUUCUAGGCAAUUUCAUCGCGAGAAUGCUUGGGCGGGAAGGGUUUGAGUGCACAGUCGGGGGUACACGAUACCAGUGCGCUCGACCUGAAGAAGUGAAGAUGGAGCUGGAGUACAGGUAUAAUGAAUGGGCAUACGAGAUGGAGGACAUGGCGAUCGACAUGCCGUAUGCGUUUGGAGAUUCGUUGAUCUAA